GGUCUGUUUGGCUGCGGAGUUUGUAUCGUCUUUUCUUCGUCUAUUUUUCUUACCCUUCAAGAAAGUUCAAAACCCGUUCCUCUGAGCACUACGCUUAGUAAAUUUUUCCCAGGAAGAAAAUUUAAGAAUAAAACGACAGGCUUUAGCAUUUUCUCCCAAAAAAAAAAAAAAAGAAAAAAGAAGAAAAAGUAAUCCGUUGAUGGCAGGUAGAAAGCUAGUUCGGGAUUUAUUCCUUUCCAGAAAACCUUUGUUACUUCAGCCAUUGUUCCAACCACAGGUUUCAAGGACGAGAUUGCUGUUGCUUUCACAGAAUCAGUAUUUGGGUAAUCGUCAAUUCAGCGUCUUCAAUGAAUUUUCUAAGAAGAUAAAAGGCGAAGCCAAUAAGAAUCCUGAAUUUCAGCAGUCAGUUAAGCAGCUGAAAGAGAAAGCCGAAGAGCUAAAAGAGAUAAAAGAGGAUCUUAAAUUGAGAACAAAGCAGACUACUGAGCAGCUGUACAAGCAGGUGGAUGGCGUGUGGACUGAGGCUGAAGAAACAGCCAGGAAGGUUUCUGCCAAUGUAAAAGAGAAGAUUUCAGCUGCCACAGAAGAGGUCAAAGGAACUUUUGGAAUUAGUAAGGAAGAGUCUUCAGAAUCUGUUGGUACUUCAGCUGAAAAGGGUGCUGAUGCAAAAGAUGAAACCAAGGACUCCAGUGGGGAACAGAGAAGCCAGCAGUCUGGGCUUAAUGACUCUGCAGAGACAUUAUUUGGCAAGUUUAAGUCUACCAUUUCUUCCUCAAAUGUUUCAUCGGCCUUCCAGAGAAUCAAGGAUGCAAAGUUCAUUGACUUAGCAAAGAAGGGAUAUGAUGUUGUAAAGGAAGAGUUAAAUGGUAGGCCCAAUAAUAGGAAGCACCUGCAGUAUGACCCAUCAUCCUCACCAAAGGGUGAAAGAAGUACAAGAACUGACAUUGUUAUUCUACCCUCUAAGCAGUCUCGUUGGAAUAAGAAGUGGGAGGCUUUCAAACAUAAGAUGCAAGGUCAUCCUAUUUUUAAGCAUGUCAGUGGAUAUAGUGAACCAGUUGUGACAAAGGGCCACGAGAUUGCUGAGGACAUGCGGGAGAGAUGGGAGACAAGUGAUAACCCUAUUGUUCAUAAAAUUCAGGAUUUAAAUGAAUCAAUCUUCCAAGAAACAGAUGCAGCUGCAACAAUCAAAGAGAUUCGUCUUCGAGAUCCAUCUUUCUCGUUACAAGAGUUUGUAGUUGAAGUACAGGAGGCUGUCAAACCUGUGCUCAAUGCUUACAUGAAAGGAGAUGUUGAAACUUUGAAGAAGUAUUGUACUGCUGAAGUUAUUGAGCGGUGUAAAGCAGAGCAUAAUGCUUAUCAGAGCCAUGGUAUCUUUUUUGAUAAUAAGAUUCUACAUAUUUCUGAGGUGGAUGUUAGAGAGACCAAAAUGAUGGGAGCCUCGCCUAUAAUCAUUUUAUCGUUUCAAACACAACAAAUCCAUUGCGUACGGGAUAGAAAUGGUGCAAUAACAGAAGGUGGGAAGGAUACCAUCCACACUGUAAUACAUGCCUGGGCCAUGCAGCAGGUGGAUCCUGAAGACCUUGGUGAAGGUGCCUUAUAUCCGAUAUGGAGGUUGAGAGAAAUGCACCAACUUGGUGCCCAAGCCCUCAUCUAGGCUUUUGUUAUCUUCAGAAGAUUUCUCAGAAGUUUUCAUUUUGCUAAUGGAUUAAUGUUGCCAAGCUGGGGAGAACAAUUUUACUGGCUGUUCAAACAACCCAGCAGGGAUUAGAAUAUACCUUACUAAUGAAAAGAUUUCCACCUGCAAGGAGAGCAGCAGAGCAUUUUAGCAGGAGCCUUUUUUAUUUUUUUGGACAAUUCCGUUCACUUGUUCUGCUCUUGAAAUUGAAAUUUGGGAAAGACAGGAAAUCCAUUCCGAAAGAACCCAUUGUUAAAGCUACUUUUGAAGCAUUGCUCAUGGGUUUAUUAGAUAUAAAAAAUGGAAUAUACAUUGAUUUGUGUCGCUCCCACUACCAAGUUAUUAACAGUUGAAUGAUACUCGCAAAAAGUUGUGCU